UCUUAGCCCACCUCCUUCUCCCCAUUUCUUCCCUUUUUUGCCACCCCUCCCCGUUUCUUCUCGGACUACAAAUGCGGCGCAGGCGCAACCGCAGCAGCCACCAGCGCUACAGCGGGAUGCUUUUGCCUUCGCAUCGCGCACAGUGCUAGAGUCAAAGCCGAUUCCCGAGGGAGGAGACGACGGGGAGGGGGAGGGGGAGGGGGAGACCGUUGCAACGGCUAGUUGUGGCGGCCGGGCCCGGCCCCGAUGGACCCGUACCGCGGCGGCGCCGGGGGCGGAUGCGGCGAUGACCACAUUCUGUGGGAUUGGCAAGCGGCAGAGCACUGUGAACCUAAUGAUGCAAGUCAUGCAGAUGCUACUAAAUUCGUGUGGGAUUGCCUCAAUCAAGAUGAUGAUGAUGAGCUACUGGGAUUGCUUGGGAACCAAACUCCGCUGAGAGAUUGCCGUGAUUUUUUCGCUGAUAUUGGUGAUAUCACCUGCAAGGAGACCCUGGACCUGGAGGAAUCUCGGGAAUCAAAGCGGCGGCGCACAUUGGAGUACCCUUCGGAGUCUAGUCAGUCAGAAUUUGGAAAUCAUGAACCUAGUUCUACAUUGGUCACAUCUGAGGUAACAGAGAUUUCAUUGUUUUGCACGGAUGAACCACAGAGCUUAAAUUAUGACAUGCAGCACAAUUCAAUUGACAUAGAUACAAUAAAUUCCUUGUCAAAUGAAGCAGACUACCAACAAGAAGAUAACCAUUUGGAAUAUUGUUCCGAUAGAACUCCAGUGUACUUAACGCCUGAUCAAAUGCCUUGUAGCCAGGAGAGUGUUACUUAUAUUGAUGAUCAAACUGGUGUUUCAGGAACAGGUGAGAUUGCACCUGUCUCAGAAAGUCUCAUAAUGCAGGAGACUAUGAAGCUUUCUACACUCAAAGUCUCUAAAGGAGGGACCUCACUUAGUAAGGUGAAGCAAAAUUUAACUUCAUCUAUAGCAUACCCUUUUGCUCUCAUCAAACCAUCUUGGGAGGAAGGAGAUGUUACUCUGAACGAUAUAAACCAGCGAAUUCGUGCUCCUCCGAAGAAGCCUCCAGAGAUCCUAGGAACUUCAGCUUUCUCUGGAAAGCCAGUGAUUGGCAAGACAAGAAUCAGAACAGAAGGGGGGAAAGGCAGCAUCACAAUACUAAGAACAAAGGGCUGAGAGCCUGAGGCUAGCCAUUGAUUCUUAUUUAUCUGCCAUUCUCUCGACUGAAUCAGAACAGAACGGGGAAAGGCAGCAUCACAGUUUGCCCAAAGAACAAAGGGCUGAGAGCCUGAGACAGCCAUUUAUUCUUAUUUAUUUGCCAUUCCCUCGAUUGCUUUCAGCAGGCCUAUGUAGCUUUCCAUUUAUUUAUUUUUUGUUUUAAUUUUGUGCCAUGGCUUUGAUGUUCUGAAUUACUGUAAAUGCACGACUCUUUCUACAAAGAUUCGGCAUUCAUCUGGUGUAUUUAGUGACAUGUGGCUAAUGAUAUAUACGAAAAAUUGAAAUUCAGAAA